CCGGAGUUGGAGCAACGAUUGGAAUGGCAGCUAAUAUGUUGUUGUAGUUGACGUUUUUAAAUUAGAUACGAACUUUGUAUUAUCCUAGAAAAUUAAAUGGAGAUUCGGUAGUAUACAGUGGUGUACGUCAGCUGUAGGCGUGUAUUGAGUGAAUCCUUGUCUGCCAUGAUUGGUUCGAAGCGUCUAUCGGGAAGAAGUGUACAGAUUUUCGCAUAAUGUGCAACAGACACACCUUAUGUAGUAGUUUAGUGGGGAGCUGACUGACAAACAUAGUUCUGCAAUAUUUCUUUUUGUAAUUAGUGAAUCAGGAUGGUUGUGGAUCAGGUGCCUCGACAUCUGUUUCACAAGAUGCAGCCAACAGGAAUGUCACCGAAAGAGCUGUCGGAGAAUGACGAUUUGGCGACGUCAUUAGUUCUUGAUCCUCAUUUGGGUUUUGUUACUCACAAGAUGAACAUCAGGUACAGACCUUUAAAAGCAAACAAAGAAGAAUUGAAAGGAAUCAUAGAAGAGUUCAUAGUGACACAAAAUUAUGAAAAGGCAUAUAAUCGUUUAAUAUCUGGUGAAUGGAUGCCACGGAUGACGCAUUUCAAGUCGAAGCAGCAGCAACUGCGCUUAGAGGAACAUAUAUAUCGCUAUUUACGAGUCUUCGACAAAGAUUCUGGUUUCAUUAUUGAGCCUUGUUAUCGAUAUUCUCUUGAAGGACAGAAAGGUGCAAAGAUAUCGGCCACAAAAAAAUGGUACAAGAAUGAAAAAAUACCAUGUUUGGUUGGUUGUAUAGCAGAACUGACAGAGGAAGAAGAAGCAAUGCUGCUACAUCCAGGAAAAAAUGAUUUUUCUGUGAUGUUCAGCUGCCGCAAGAAUUGUGCACAACUGUGGCUUGGGCCAGCAGCAUUCAUAAAUCAUGAUUGUAGAGCAAAUUGUAAGUUUGUGGCAACUGGAAGGGAUACUGCUUGUGUGAAGGUUCUUAGAGAUAUUGAAGUUGGAGAAGAAAUUACAUGUUUCUAUGGAGAGGAUUUCUUUGGAGAUGGGAAUUGCUAUUGUGAAUGCGAGACAUGUGAGAGGAGAGGAACUGGAGCAUUUGCUAAAGGAAAACCUAAUAGUGAUGAACUUAGCUCUGGUUACCGAUUGAGAGAGACUGAUAACCGUUUAAAUCGAACAAAACAUCGACAGAACCCUGUGCAAAAGCCAGAGUUUGUGGGGGAAAGAGAAUUGAUUGACAGUGCAGUCAAUAACAGGUCAUCUGCCAGCAGUGAAGCUAAAACAUCUAUUGUAGCUCCUUUAAGCAUUAAGGAACUACGGCAAAAGGGAUUAACAAAAUAUGAUGCAGAACUGCUGAUUGCAGCCCAAGGAUCUAAAUUUUCAGAUAUUGAACAUGCAGUUAGCAGUGGAACACGUAGAGGAGUUGAGAAGAUGACGGCAGUGUCCACCACGCAAGAAUCUUCUGCUGCAUCUUUACCACUUGGAAAGGCCAGCACCGAACGAAUUGCGAAAGAACGUAGUGAAAGGAUAACUAGAAGGGAAGUUACGCGUUCAGGUUGUCAUUCAUUAAAGUCUGUUCGCUCAGGUGGUUCCAGUCGAUCCCAACGGCUUUUGCGCAAAGCACAGACCAGGUCGGAAUUAAAGACAAUGCAAUUAAAUUCUUCACAGGUUGACGAUGAUGAUGAUAAUGUUACUCUUUCAAACUUAAUUAGUCGCAGUUCAUCGUCUUUGACAGAGGAUACUCAAAAUAGUAAUAGUAAUUGCUCUAGCAAUAGCAACAGUAGCUGUAUCAGCAGUCUUAGCAGCCUUAGCAAUGACAGUGGGGUAGUUUCUGACAGUGAUGGGCAGAAAGAUUGCUGUGACAUGCAGGUAGGGGCUGAUGCACCUGAGGGCGAGACUUGCGGGAUCACCUUAAGGAAUCACAAAAGGUUGAAUGAACUUUCAGUAGAUGCUUGCCUUGUCACAGAAAGAGGUGUUAGUUGUAGCAUAGAUCAUCAGGUGGAAUCUAAUUGUGUUGUAGAAUGUCAGAUGCCCGAAUCACGGCAAGAUGAAACUAUUGAGAGACUCAGUGAAGUGACACCCGUGUCGCAUGCACCAGCCGGCAAUACUACGCAAGCUGAAUGUGAGGAUAAAAGAGCAGUGUUUGAAGUCCUUCAGGAAACUAAUGAAGAAACUACAUGUGAGCCAUUGAAAGCAGUUGUUGAUAAUAAAACUGUAGAGAAUGAAAACAAAGAGUAUUCUGAUGUUGUAGUGGAGGCAGAACAGUCUUUCAGUAAUAAUGAUAAUGAUAAUGAUGAUAAUGAUGAUGAUGUGGAUGAUGAUUAUGAUGAAAAUACUCCGAAUAAGAAUGAGACUGAUAGUUGUGCUGAUUCAGAUGUUGGUAUGGAAAAUGGACACACUGCAUCAUUUGAUACUGGAGCAAAUGAGAGCUUUCUUGAAGAUGAUAGCGGCCAUCAAAGUGGCCAGUCGUGUUCAACGAUAAACGCAGAUUCCCAGUGUGAACUUCCAGGAGAACCUGCUGUUGCACCACUGUCUAAUCAAAACCUACAUUGUAGUGAGCUUCAUGUGAAUAACAGUGUGGAAAUAAUUUUAGUUCUGUCUCAGUACACAGAAAGGACGAAGGAUAUCUAUGAAUUUAGUGACAAAGAAGAUAGUGAUUUAGCUGAACCCCCAACGUUUUUUGUCUGCGCCGAUGCCACCCCCCCUAAACCAAGUGAGCCAGGACGCUUAAAACUAACACUGCGCAUGAAGCGUAGUCCGAUGUUGGAUGAAAUUAUAGAAUCUGGUUCAAAUUUCAGUGAUGACAGUUUUGCUCCAGAGUAUGAAAUUCUAAGGGUUGAAGGUGUAGAAAAUGAGAAUCUUAUAAGAGGGAGUCAUAAAAAUGGUUCUCAUAGAAAGAAGAGGCACAAAUCUAAGGAUAGAGAAAAGAAGCAUAGACGGUUAAAAGAACUUAUGAAUCGACAAACUUUUGACGAUAUAAACGAAGAAAAUAACAUUUUUCGAAAAAGUGAAUGCAACAGCUUCUAUUCUUCUUCGAGCAAGGUGGAAACUUUCGUUCGCCCGCCCAUGAAACGCUUAAGACUGAUAUUAGGUAACGAGACUCAUACUAUUGAUAUACCAGCUACUGCCACAACAGCACCCAUUUCAAAAUCAGCUUAGUUUGAAAUAACUUGAGUUUAACGUCUUUCAUGCAAUUAAUGUAUGGCUCUGGUAGCCCUCAGUAGAGUUAUCAUUGGAGCCCAUAAUUGAAGAGUAUUUAGUAAUAUUUCAUUAGUCUGACAGUUUCAGAACAAUAUUGCAGAAGUCUAAUACUUCUAUUUUGUUGGGCUUAUUACCCUAAUUGGAAUUUCAAACUUAACAUGCAAAAAACUAGUUUUGCAUUUGCCUAACAAAGUGCAAAAAGAAGAGGUUUCUGUUGUAAUUUCAUGGAGUGAUCGAAAGUUUCUACUUGUAAAUGGAUAUAUUUUUGCAUUGAAAUUCAUAAAAGAAUAUCUGUUGCCAUUAGUUGACACAGUAAUUAUGUAAUAAUUGAUGCCUUAGACAAUUUGACUCUCUAAAAUUUGUAUUGAGGUUUGUGUUUUACGUAUUUACGUACCAUUUUAUGUACAGCCACACAAAGUUUUGUGGUUGUAGAUCUUCUGUUCUUCUCAGAUGGUAAUACAUAAUGCACUUCUGAAUCUGUUCUGUCAUUUACAUAAAAGUUUUGCGGCAUGUACAUGUGUGAAAUUUGAUUGAAUAAGAUACAUAAAGUAAGAUAUGGUAUAACUUAGCUAGCAUUGUAAAGAAAAUGAAAAGGCAGUGUGUUUGCAAAUGCCCUUUAUAUCAUCUUCCACCUUGGUAUCAUCAUAAAUAUCUAAACACAGUGUGCAAAGUUUGAUAUUGGUUUAUAAGUUGAGAUUAAUAUUUUAAAAUGCAGUGAGUUGUAAAAUUCCUGGCAACUAAAAUAUUGAAAAUUUCAGUUCAGAGUUAAAAUGAAAAGGGGAAAAUGUUUGAUUGAAGUAAUGCUUUGUUAAAAGCACUCCUCUCCCACUUUGACUUAUACAGUGUUUCAUUAUCAUUGCGUGUUUAGAAAACGAUAAGCAGUAUUUGUUCUAGUAAUGAACAAUAUUGGUAAUUUUACUAAAGUCAUAGAUCCGAAUAUUGCAUUGCUUCCAAAUGGGCAAAAACACUUCUGCCUUUUGAGUAUGUCAACCUGACCAGUGUCAUUUCAUUGUUGUUGCUUACGUAUCUUAUCUCCCCUCCCCCCCCCCCCCUUUUUUUCCCAGCAAUCCAUUAGGUGCCUGCUGUUUGUAUGUUCACGCAAUUCUCAUAGAGUUAUAAAAGUAUCAUAUAUAACAAUUGCACUGCCGUUCAUGUCGGUGGUUAUGUAGAAUUAUGUGUAAUUAUUAUGAGUAUGUCUGGUGUUACCUUAUUGUCAAAUCUCCUUUUUUUUUUCAUUUCUGUUGUGUGAUGAAUACAGUUUCUGUUUUUGUUAAUUGAUAUAUAAUUUGUUUCUAUGUGGUUUUGAGACAUGUCUAAAGAAAUAUUAGUAAGUUGCAAGUCAGAUGUGAAAACUUUUUCAGUUGAUGAAAUAGUGCAUUAUGUUGCCUCAUGUGAAUUUCAGUCCAUGGACAUUACUGGAAAAUUCUUGUAGCAACUGUGAAACAUUGCUUUUGUGAAACACACUUACAUAUAUCCUGUUAAAUUAGUGACAUAAUAACUUUUUAAUUAUAUGAAUUCCAUCAUGUGGCAUUUUGUGUGCAAGUUCAUUACUCAUUCUUGCUUUUUCUGUACUGUUAUUCUACAAUUUUAAAGUUUUCUCUUGUAAAGGUGUAAUUAUUAUCUUUCUCAUAUUGUUACUGUAGCCUGUGUAUCUAAAGUUAGGUUAAUAUUAUUCUUGCUCAUGUUGACAUAUUAACACUGGAAUGGUGACUAAAUAUUACUAUGCUCUAGAAAUGUGCCUGACAUAGUGGACUUAGGUACUUUAAAGUUUAUAUAGAUAUGUUUUCAUAUACACAGUGGCUCAGACUUUUUUUUUUUACCCCCUUUGUUACUGAUUUGGGUAAUCUUUUUGCAGCAGAUCCAUUUACAAUUAUCUCGGUGAAUAUUUCUAGUCAAAACUUUUUAAAUAAGACAGCUGAGGAAUUGUGUGCUUCUGAGCAACUAAAUAUGCCUGAGAAAUAUGUGCUUACAUCAUCAGUUGUGAAGUUAUGUUGAGAUGGUUGUUAUUUUGUUAUAAUCAUGGAAAGCACAAAACUGAUGCACUGGCAUACAGUAUUGUCUCUAAAAAUAUUCUGAUAGGUUUCUUGUUUUUAUAAAAAUAAAAACUUAAUAUUCAGUUUUUCAAUCAUCGUCUCAAGUCAGAAGUAAUAAGAUUGUGUAUUUAUUUGGUUUUUCCAUUUGUGUUUCUUUUUAUCUGUAUUACAUUGUCAAGGCAUAUUCAGCUGCACAUGGAACAUUUAGGUUCAGCUGAAUCUCAUGAUCAGAUGUAUCUAGUUUGUUCCCUUUAUUGCAUAAAUCAUUUGUUAUUCACUGGACAUAUAUUCAGAAUUAAUACUUGUUUAUGGCAGCAUUCUCAAAUGCAUAGAAUUACCAUAUUCCACCUAUAAAAUAAAUAGCCCCAUUUUCUUAAUUUGUAGGUGUUGAAAAAUAGCCAUAAGAUCUGUGAAUUUGUCUCCCUGUGUAUUUCUCCCUCAUCUAUGGUGAGUGAUGUAAAAUGUGAAUGGAUAAUAUAUUUUUCUGCAACAUGCUGGUGCUAAGGGGAAGUAGUACUUCAACAAUAUUGAAUGUGGCCUCCAAUUUUCUCUACUGUUUGCUUUUGUUAUACUUCCAGAGCCUCACUGCCAAUAAUUGUAGUUCUAUUAUUUUCAGUCUUUUAGGUGAUAUAUAAUUGCAUUUGCUUCUCCACAUUCUGUUACUAAUGUAACUAUGUGUAACCAUGAGUUGUUGCUGUCAUUGUAUGGAAGAGGACUUGGCACGGUCUUGAAUAUGAUUAUAGGGUCGCCUUUUUUCUUGAAAGAAAUUGUCUGUUUAUAAAUUAAUCAUUCCAUUCCGUAGUGAAAUAAAAGACGCAAUCAGCUCUUCAUGUGCCAACGUCCUCAUAUCAGUACAUGCAUCAUGCAUAUUUGUAGUAAAAUUGAUUUUUAUUUACUUGAUAUGUAUAUACAAGUGGGAUUGAAAUGUGCAGAGAAUGGUCUUUAUAUACAUAUAUCAAAUUCACAUUUGAAUGAAGAAUUCCUCAAAAUGUGGGAAUAUUUUCAUUUGGCUGUUAAAAUGUUAGUGUGUUUAUAUUGUGUGUGUGCGUGUGCAUGUGCUUCUGUAUAUAAGUAUGUCAGUACAUAAUUUUCAAAAACUGCCAGUCAGUUUAGAUGUAAAUAGUUAAGUCUUUGAAUAGUAUACAUGUUUCUUCAUUUUGUAGGCAUGGUAUGCCCUUUUUCUGUAGCAAACAGUGAUGUGCAAAUGAAGUUGUUUUAUGUCACAUGUGCUUAUGGUGUCUGUGGACCAUUUGUGAAUGGAUUAAUCUUUCUUGUCCAGUAUGGCCGUCAUAUAAUAUUUUGUGCCACCACUCACAAUCAAGUGUUUUACAUAGCAAUAAGAUUGCAAAUGCUAAAGCUGAAGUAACUGGUAUUUGGUGGAGGCUACUUUGCUACAUAUUAAGAAACAUGUGUCUUUUCUUGUUGGUUGUUAACUUCUGUUGUGAUAUUUACCUCACUUAUUUUAAAUGUUGUUGUAUUUAAUAAAUAGUUUAGUUUUUAAGUAUUCAAGUACUUCAUCUUAUUGAAACAUUAUUUAAUUGCACUCCCUUAAUUUCAAGGGAGCUGAUAUUGUAGUAUGGAUAAUAUUUAUCUGCUGCUUUGUUUUUCAUUUUGUGCUGGGGCAAAAAUCAUACUUUCUAUGAGAGAG